AUGCUUCCGAACUCGAGAGCCCGCCACCGGCGCGACCCGAGCAAGCUCCUCUACAAGCCGCGGCCGCCGCCGGAGCCGCACCCGUUCCUGCUCCACCUCAAGUCGCUCCCUUCCCCGGUCGCCGCGGCGGCCGCGCUCCUCUCGGCGCCGCGCCGCCUCCACGACCACCCCUUCGCCUCCUGCGUGCUCUACCGCCUCGCCCGCGCGCGCCUCUUCCCGCUCCUCCUCCCGCUCCUCUCCGCGCUCCGCGCCCGCCGCGCCCCGCUCCGCGCCACCGUCUUCGCGGGGCUCAUCGACCGCCUCGGCGCCGCCUCCCGCCCCGACGCGGCUCUCCUCGUCUUCUUCCGCGCCGUGCCCGCCUUCUGCUCCCACUCCAACGCCACCUUCCACGCGCUGAUCCACUGCCUCGUCUGCAACGGCCGCGUGGACGCCGCCCGGAACAUGCUCCCCCGGGCCGCCAAGCUCGGCGUCCGCCCCAACGCCGUCUCCUACAACAUCAUCCUCAAGGGGCUGUGCGGCCGGGACGGGUCCGCGGGCGCCCGCGUGGUGCUCGACGAAAUGCUCGGCCGCGGCGUCCGGCCCACGGUGGUCACCUUCAACACCCUGGUCGGGGCGGCGUGCCAGGAAGGGGACGUGGGCGCCGCGGAGCGGCUCAAGGAAGAGAUGGUGCGCCGGGGCGUCUCGCCGAACGCCGUGACAUACUCCCUCCUGAUGCGGGGCCUGUGCGACGCCGGUCGGCUGGACGACGCCAAGAAACUGAUGUUCGACAUGGAGUACCAGGGCUGCCAGACCGAGGCGGUGAACUACGGCGUGCUGAUGAGCGCCUACGCGAGGCAGGGUGACGUCGACGCCAUCAAGGGGCUGCUCUCCGACAUGCGCAAGCACAAGCUCGGGCCCGACGACGCGAGCUACAACGUCCUGAUCAAGUGCCUGUGUGACAGCGGCAGGGUGGAGGAAGCGCACAAGGCGCUCGUCGAGAUGCAGCUCAAAGACGGCACGGCGCCAAGCGCGGCGACGUACCGCGUCCUGGCCGACGGGUGCUGCAGAGCCGGCGAUUUCGGGUUGGGGCUACGGGUUUUCAACGCCAUGCUGUCCAGCGGGCAUCGUCCCCUAGGUCACACCUUCAAGCACCUGGCGAAAGGGCUCGGCGAGGACGGCAAGGCGGAGGAAGCCUGCUUCGUCUUGGAGAAGAUGGCGGAGAGUGGGAUUUGGAUGGAUGCAGAAGGGUGGCGGUCUCUUGCUACAUGCGUCUGCAGCGGCGGUGCAGGUGAGGUGAAGCUCGUCGAUGAGCUAGCGUUGUCAUCUUGA